GAACUGAACGUUUUCCACUGAAAAAAAAAAUUCUGCCAUUCACAUUUUGACAAGUGCUUGAAUAGCCAUAUCAAGUCAUCUUUUUUUCAGUCAGGAAUGUCUACUAGAUGUCUAGAUUCUUCUGAUUAUUUGAUUCUGUGAUCAUCAUGUUGACACCUACCUUGGGAGAACAAAACAACUAAGGUUUGCAUGUCCUAUAGAAUUGUUUCAAUCUGCUGAUUCCCUGACUUUCAACCAGAAUCAUUGGUCUGAUGGAAUCAUUGAUCCAGUGCUGCAUUUGUGAUUUGUUCUAUUCCCUAAUGUAAUGCUUCGCUUCUUGCUCUGGUACGAUUAGGAUGACACCAAGGUCUCCAUCGGCCGGCCUUGACUCAUUUGAUGUACGUCAUUGUUGGUAGAGUAUUUCAUAAGCAUGGCAAACAUCCAAACCAAUACUACGUAGACUAUGCGGUCACUUCCUUGUUCGUUUCAAAAUAAUUUCUAUUAAACUCUAUAUAUGAUGGCCCCAUGAAAGUUUGAGUUGUGGCUAUUAGUUUCCUUCAUAUUUACAGGUCUGCUCACUUGUACCAUGGAUUUCAUCCUGGUUUGCCUCAUGGUUGCAAUGAUCACGAUUUUCAACCCUGUUGUAGCUAACUGUAAUUUUAAAUUACCAAAGAGAAGAGUCUUAGUACAAGUCGAGAUGAAAAACAAGAGGUAGAUUGGAACCGAGAAUAUCUCAGUGGCCCACAUUUGUUCUGUGAAAAUGACACAGUGACACAUCAUAUCCUCUAAAGUUGGUAGAGAACUGUACAAAAAUGGUACAUCUUCUGCUAGAUCAAUGCCCAAUCGAGGCUCCGAGGUAAGACAAUUUAGCUUACAUAAUCCAUGAAGGUCCACAUAUAAAAUUCCAUCCUCUUAAGAAAUGGUCCUAACCCUCUCGCCUCCUCAUUGUGUACAUAAGCUGUAUGAAACCACAGGUUCCAGCAGGCAGUUCGUUCUCUCUGAGGACAUCAUCCAGAUGGAAACCAUGUCAUAUCCUUGCUCCCCUCUCAUCCCCUUCCCCACACAGCAUGAAGAGAGCAGCUAUCUCCUGUGGUCUCCUCAAGUAGUGAUCCCCCUUGAGAAUGGCAACAUGUGCAACGGCGAUGCCGAUCCUUCCCCUGAUCAGCAGCAGCAAGAUCAUGAGUUCAUGGACAUCAUGAUCCAAGAAGCCAAUCGCUUGCUGCUUCAAGAUGAUCUCUCCAAUGGUGAUCCAUUAUUGAGCGGUUUUGAUCAGAGGCUGGAAGGGCAAGAAAAUGGCAGCCUGUUGGCAGUCCAAGAAGAGUUCAUGGAGGAGAGCAGUUUAAGCGACCUCCUCGUCGCCGGCGCCAGGGCGGUUGAGGCCCAGGACUCGAUCAGCGCCUCGGCCAUCUUGUCGAGGCUCGACGACCUCAUCCCCGGUGUGCCUUGCAGAAGCUGUCACCAUGCAGCGGCCAGCUCAUCUGACCAUCUGGCCUGCUACUUCGCCAGAGGUCUGCGGUCCCGGAUCUCCGGCGCGCGCGCCGAAUGCCAUCUGGCUGCUGCACCAGCACCGGAGAACCGGAUGCCGGCGUACAGGAUGCUGCAAGAGCUGUCGCCAUUCAUCAAGUUCGCGCACUUCACCGGCAACCAGGCCAUCCUGGAAGCCACCGCGGACGACACGGGCGUCCACGUCGUCGACCUCAACGUCGGCGAGGGCGUCCAAUGGGCGUCACUCAUGUCAGACCUCGCCCGCCAUGGUGGCAAGCCGUUCCACCUCACGGCCGUAGUCACGACCGACGACGACGCGGACUCCGCCGCCGCCGGCUCGCACCCCGCGGCCGCACGGUGGCUCUCGGAGUUCGCGGGGUCGCUGAACCUCCCCUUCCGGUACAGCUCCCUCCACCUGCGCAGCGAGGAGGACCUGCGUGGCUUCACCACGAGCGGCGACGGCGGCGGCUCAGUGAUCGUCUCAUGCGACACGACGGAUAAAUCUUACAGCUCCCUGAUCAGGUUGCAGAUGCAGCUUCUCGGCAGUGUCAAGAUCCUCCGGCCCAAGCUGGUGAUCCUAAUCGAACAAGAGCCGUUCAGGAUCGACCGCAGUCUCGCUCCAUUCGCGGAGUUCUUCUGCGAAGUGCUGCGGCACUUCGCCGCCACGCUGGAGUCCUUGGAGAGCUGCUUCCGCGACGGCGGCUACGGCGCGUGCCUGGGGCCCGUGGAGAAGGAGACGCUGGGCCCAACGAUAGAGGACGCCGUGAGGCAGUAUGAGCCUCUGGCAGGUGGGGCCGGUGCCGAGCUGGAGGGUUUCAGGGCUCGUGAGCUCAGCAGCUUCAACGUGGCUCAGGGCAAGAUGCUGGCUGGGCUCUUCAGCAGAGGGUUCGGGGUUGUCCAGGAGGAGGGCAGGCUUGCAUUGUGCUGGAACUCUAGGCCCUUGACCUCAGUUUCUGUUUGGAGUCCCGUGUGAAUGAACACAAAAGAUAGGAGUCGUGGUCAGUGGUCACUUGGUCAGCGUGUACUUUGUUCUUGGAUUGCAGUUUUGUUAUAAAAUUUUUU